UUCUCUGCAGCAGAAGACCCCUUGCUGCCCUGCUUAACCCAGACCAGCAUUUGCCAGCCUCUGGCCAUGCCUCACAGCUCCUUCUGCCGUCAGAGGAGCGAGAGGGAGGGAGGAGGAGGAGGUCGUGACGGGCAGAGCCGGUUCUUCUCUGUGUGUGUGUGUGUCACUGGCAGUAUCCCUCGAGCAGUGCAAGUUAAGGACUGGGUCGGCUGGAAUGGAAAGAAAGAAGCCGCUCCCGGCAGCGCAGCUCAACCAGGAAGUCGCCGAGGGCUGCCAGGAAAAGGCGCCUCCCCGUCGCUGAUCGCUGGAAGGGGGAACCAGCAGCGUCAUCCCCUCAGGGAGAAGAGCUAGCUACUCAUAAUGAUGGUUGAUGACAUCAAGGAAGAGAUGUAAAGUGAUAUUUGUUUUACUGGCAACUUGGAACUAAGCUGGCAGUCAAAGAAGAAGAUCUGAAGCACCUGAGUAACUAAAUUUUGAAACUUGUAUUUGAGUAAAUGGCUGAGCUUCCACCUGGAAUUCAUCUGAUCACUUCAUUUACAAGAGAUCAGUGGUACAGAGCUUUCACAUUUGUCUUGACUUUUAUGCUAUAUGUUAGUUUCCACUUAUCAAGGAAACCAAUCAGCAUAGUUAAGGGAGAGCUACAUAAGCACUGUAUUGUUCUGCAGUAUGUUGAGCACAAAACUUCCACAGAAAAUGCUAUCCAUAUUCAGCCUGUUAAAACGACAUUUAAUGAGUCUCAUUGUGGUUGGGAGCCUUUUGAUAAGAGCAACUACAAACAAUUGUUGGGAGCAAUGGAUUAUUCAUUCCUGUGUGCUUAUGCAGUUGGAAUGUAUCUGAGUGGCAUAAUAGGGGAGCGCUUGCCUAUCCGAUAUUAUCUCACAGGAGGGAUGUUUGCUAGUGGACUCUUCACUGCAAUGUUUGGAUUGGGCUAUUUCUAUAAUAUACACAAUCUGUGGUUUUACAUUGUGGCUCAGAUAGCUAAUGGAUUGGUGCAGACAACUGGCUGGCCGAGUGUGGUUACAUGCAUUGGCAACUGGUUUGGGAAGGGAAGGAGAGGAUUGAUAAUGGGAUUGUGGAAUUCCCAUACUUCAGUGGGGAAUAUUUUAGGAUCCCUAAUAGCUGGCUACUGGGUAUCUACCUGCUGGGGUCUGUCUUUUGUGGUACCUGGUAUUAUAAUAUCUGUCAUGGGAAUAGUCUGUUUCCUGUUUCUUAUUGAACAUCCAAAGGAUAUAAACUCUACAGGUACAUCAUUUGAUAAUUCAAAAAGUUACAUGAAUGGACUCAAAACUCAGAAACCAAAAUUAAAUCCUAAGAAAGCAUGCUCAUUUCAGGAUCCAGAGAUGCAGUGCCUACUAUCUGUCGAUGAGAACUACAAAAAGCCACUGAGUCUUAACAAUGACGUCUGUGAGAAAAGUGAAAACGGAAAAUCGGCUAUAAGUUUCACUGGAGCUUUGCGAAUACCUGGGGUUGUAGAGUUCUCUCUCUGUCUGUUAUUUGCCAAACUGGUCAGCUACACUUUUCUUUUCUGGCUUCCAUUGUAUAUCACAAAUGUAGAACACCUUGAUGCCAAAAAAGCAGGUGAUCUUUCCACGCUAUUUGAUGUUGGGGGAAUUUUUGGUGGAAUAUUGGCCGGCAUGAUAUCAGACCGACUGAAGAAAAGGGCUUCAACUUGUGGGAUGAUGCUGUUGAUUGCAGCACCCACACUGUAUAUAUUUUCUACAAUCAGUAAAAUGGGUUUUGAAGCCACCGUAGUUAUGCUGCUCAUCUGUGGAGCUCUUGUAAAUGGCCCUUAUGCAUUGAUCACAACAGCUGUCUCAGCUGAUUUGGGUACCCAUAAAAGUCUUAAAGGAAAUGCAAGAGCACUUUCCACAGUUACAGCCAUCAUUGAUGGAACAGGUUCUGUAGGUGCUGCUCUGGGACCCCUGUUAGCUGGUCUUCUCUCUCCCUCUGGCUGGAACAAUGUAUUUUACAUGCUGAUAGCAGCGGAUGCCUGUGCCUUAUUAUUCUUACUCCGUCUUAUACAAAAGGAACUUCGAUGUAGGAUGGAUCAGACACUGUUUAAAGAACACUGAAUUUCAAACGAGGCACGAAGUCCGUGGUUAAAUUUAUUUUUAAAGACUUUGGCUGUGUUCCAGAGAGCCUAUUUACUCCCCUGAGAAGUGCUAAAAAUAAAUGCAGGAAAAGGAAUCUUUGUUGCACAUGUUUCUCUGGAUCAUAGUCUUUAUGGGAGUGUUCUUCUGCAUUUGAGCUGCAUUUCCUGGAAUGAUUUGCACAUUUUUGGAAGAAGAUUUUGAAAUUCACCCCCUCCCCCUUUAUUUUGCACAAGUACCAAUAUCUCAGGAAGGCAAGUGUUCUCAAAAAAGGAAAUGGAGCAACUUAGUUAUUUUAUACCUGAACUUAAGCCAAAGAAAAUGUGCCUUGAUAUUCAUUGUGAUAGAAUGUCUUUAAGUUAAUGUUAUGCUGCAUGGUUGUGUUUAGGUUCUUUUCAUAGAAUUCAAACAGAUUUGAGAACAAAAGAGCUAAGAGAACUUUGGAUGCCAGUUUGAAAUGUGCUAAGAAGAAUUAACAAAAUACUGAGUAAAGUGUCCUUCAUGUAAUGUCAUUAGGAAUGCUGUUCUGUGCUACCUAUUUUUUAUAAGAAAGCAGGCUGUUCUGUUAUCCAACGUUAAUGACUAACUUUCCAUGCUACACAGUCCCAAACACAACAUCUUGUAUGUAUUAUUUUGGAACAUUAUGGGUUGUAACCAAAGAAGGUUUGUCAUGACUUAGUGCCAUUGAAAUCAAUGAGACAAGUUAAGUCAUGACUCACUAAAGUCCAUGAAUUUCAAUGAGACUUAAUUAUGACUACCUUUCUUUGGACACCAUGUGCCACACAUAGUGGCUAUACAGUGACGCUGCAAUGAUUCCAUCUCUUACUUCUGGAGCUCGUCUCGCUGACUUGAGUGAGUAAGCAAUUGGAGAACUGCAGCAAAACAACAAAUUAUUGUAGCAUGACAUAUUUAUUUUUAGCAUAAGUUUCUGUGAACUAGAGCCAAUUUCAUCAGAUGAAUCGGAUGAAAGUUGACUCUAGUCCACAAAACUUACACUAAAAUAAAUGUGUUAAAGGUGCUACAUUUUUGCGGCAACUAACUAACAUGACUAUCCCUCUGGAAACUGUAAUGAGACAGUAGCAUCUGGUGGACCAUUGGUUCCCUGACUGGGUAGUGUUGAUUGAAAAGAAGGCUCAGUGAUGAAUCCAUGAUCUAUGGCAUACAUUUACUUGUCAGGCCAUAAUUUAAAGUAAAUGUACAGCUUUGGUCCCCCACAAAACUGCAGAUUAAAGUUGCUGAUGAGAGUAAAAAUUAAUUCCAAUCCUCUUCUUGAGAUUACACACUCAAAUUCUGCAUGCAGGGGCUUUUCUUCUCAUUUUGUGUAUGCAGCACUGUUCCCAGCAUUGAAAUGAAUGAUGAAGCCCUUGCUUUCUUCUUUGAAGCCUUUGAUUUCAUAUCAGUGAACAACAACAAAAAGUUAACUGAUUUUGAUCUCUGAUUCUGAAGGCAGCUAAGUAGAGUGCCCUUACUGCAAAAUGUGUCUUGUCAGGGAAAUAAUAUUGUUGGUCAAGGCCUUAUUUAUUCAAAUAGUUGAAUUUAGCUGUACUACUAAGUAUUUUCAUAAAUGUCAGUUGGGAUAUUCAUUUCCCAACUGACAUCUUCUACACAGGGUAAGAGCCUUAAUUUAUAUUCAGGUGAUUAGAAAAAUUGGUAUCUCACUGAAGGAAGAGAGAUAAACAUGUACACAUAAUCCUUUAAAAGCACAAGUGUUAUGGUUCCUCUUGGUAUACUUUCUUCCUGAUCAUACCCUAAAAUUCUAUUUCAGUACAAAGCUUGCUUCUGGCUGACAAAGAUGUACUAUAGAUUUUAUUUUAAAGAAAGUUGUACUAUGUGAUUUGCAAAGGUUUUAAUAGUUUUUGUAUGUAUAUUGAAUAUUUAUUAAAGUUCAGUAACUAUGUUUUUACCUGA